AUGAGUCUGUUAUGCUGGAACUGUCGAGGCUUGGGGUCGGACUCGACGGUUGGCGAGCUUCGCUGGUUAGUGAAGCUUCACCGCCCCACCCUCCUCUUUCUCUCUGAGACGAAGAUGAGGGAUUCACGUGUUAGAAACUUUAUGUGGUCACUAGGAUUUACCGGGUGUUUGGCUGUCAAUUCCGACGGCCUGAGUGGUGGUUUGGCUCUAUUUUGGACGGCGUUUGUUGAUGUCUCUCUCAAGGGGAGCAAUGCUCGAUGUAUUGAUGUUCUUGUUACUUCGGAGGCGGGCUCAACUUGGCGUGCUACCUUUGUGUACGGCGAACCGAGGAGAGAGGAUAGGCCACAAUUCUGGGAGUUGCUGAAACGUUUGAAAGCUCAAUGGCAGGGUCCUUGGAUUGUAUGUGGGGAUUUCAAUGAGGUUCUAUCCAAGGACGGGCAUUGUGGUCCCCGGGACAGAUCUGAAGCUCAGAUUUCAGCCUUUCGUGAUUGUCUCAUGGACUGUGAGUUGAUGGAUUUGGGUUUCUCCGGGCCUAAGUUUACGUGGAAUAAUCGCCAAGACCCGAAGUGCCAUGUGAAAGUCCGGCUUGAUAGAGCAGUGGCCAAUUCAGAUUUUAUAAGGUUGCAUGAUGUAUGCGCCGUUGAACAUGUGAUCACCACCUCCUCUGAUCAUUAUGCUAUCUUGAUCGAGCUUGCCGGGCAGCCCACCCAGAGGGCACAACGACCAGUGCAGCAAGGUUUUAAGUUCGAGGCUAUGUGGUUGCGGGCAGCCGACUAUAGAGAGCAGUUGGAACGUGCCUGGACUGAGGGGCGGAGUGGUGAUUCUUCUCUGCAGGCGACAUGGGACAAUCUUCACCGUGUCGCUGGGGCCCUUAAGUCCUGGAGUCGUGACUCUUUUGGUUCUAUCCGGCGUCAGAUCAAUAGACUGGAGCGACGACUUAAGUCCAUCCGGUCUAUGCCAGUCACGGACUCAUCUUUGGCAGAGGAAAGAUCUAUUGAGACUCAACUUUGUGAGUUAUUUGAAAGAGAAGAAAUCAUGGCUCGUCAGCGUUCGAGAGUUGACUGGUUGCGGGAGGGGGAUCGCAACACCGAGUUUUUCCAUGCUCGAGCUGCUGCCCGUAAGAGGAUCAACAAAAUCCAGCGUUUGGUCCGUGAUGAUGGGUCAUUUUGUGAUACUCAACGGGAGAUUAAAGGUUUGGUGCAACAAUUCUACGAGAAACUUUUCACAUCUGAACCUUGUGAUGCUGCUGAUGCAGUCCUGGAUGCUAUCCCUCAAAAGAUUUCUCCUGAGAUGAAUGAGGAUUUGAGUAAGCCCUACACCAAUGAGGAAAUCAGGGCUGCUCUAUUCCAGAUGGGUCCUACUAAAGCUCCUGGACCUGAUGGCUUUCCAGCCCUCUUCUAUCAGAAUCAUUGGGACUUCUUGGGAGAGGAGAUUUGUCGAGCUGUGAGAUGCUUUUUGGAUGGAAGUUCAAUUCCGGAGGGUUUUUGUGACUCAGUGAUCGUCCUUAUUCCUAAAGUGACACGACCCAAGCACCUGAAGAAUUUCCGCCCAAUUAGUCUAUGUAAUGUUCUUUACAAGAUAGCCUCGAAGGUCUUGGCCAAUCGUUUGAAGUUAUUGCUCCCUGCUGUCAUCUCUGAGUUUCAAAGUGCAUUCGUGCCUGGAAGAUUGAUCACUGACAACUCUCUUAUUGCUUAUGAAUCUCUUCACACCAUCAGACAUCAGCGAGCUAAACAACCCUUCUUUGCCUUGAAGAUUGACAUGACGAAAGCCUAUGACCGUGUUGAGUGGAGUUUUCUUCAUGGUUGUCUCUCCAGACUUGGUUUUAACCCUGCGUGGAUCAAUUCAGUGAUGAGGUGUGUCACCAAUGUCCGCUAUGCUGUAAGGGUUAAUGGUGAGCUUACUGCACCUGUUGUUCCAUCAAGAGGAAUUCGUCAGGGUGAUCCUAUCAGCCCCUAUUUGUUUCUGCUCUGCACCGAAGGACUGUCAAGUCUGUUACUCCAAAAGGAGAGUUGUGGCGAGCUACAUGGCAUUAGGAACGGUCGCUCCGGUCCUCCUAUCUCACAUCUCCUGUUUGCCGAUGACAGUAUCUUCUUUGCAAGAUCUGAUGCUCGUAGCGUGGCUGCUUUGAAGACUACUCUGGAUCUAUAUUGCUCUGGUUCUGGUCAGUUAAUUAACAAGGACAAGUCCUCUUUACUCUUUGGUCAUGGCUGUUCGGAGACUGUUAAGCAAAGAGUGAAGGCGAGUCUUGGGAUAUCUAAUGAAGCCUUCAAAGACACAUACCUUGGUAUGCCUACCGAGAGAGGAAGGGAAAAAGAAGGUACACUGGAGAUCAUGGGACUGGCUCUCAACGCGCCCAAGUCGUUUGGCGGGAUGGGUUUUCGGGAUAUGCACAUCUUCAAUUUGGCAAUGCUGGGCAAACAAGGGUGGCGACUACUUACUGUUCCGGACUCCUUGUGUGCUCGUGUCUUAAAAGGCCGGUAUUUCCCUCACACGGAUUUCUGGAAUGCACCGGCCCCGCGUUCGGCUUCUGCCACUUGGCGCAGCAUUCUUGCUGGCCGUGACCUGCUCAAGAAGGGAGUUCAAUGGGGAAUUGGGGACGGCUGCCAGGUUCACAUUAUUUCUGACCACUGGAUCCCAUCAUCUCCGCCUUGUGUUCUUCAGCCGCUCUCUCCUAUUCCUGCUAAUGCUAAAGUUAAGUGCCUUAUGGAUGAGGAAAGCGGGUCCUGGAAUGAAGCAACGGUGCGUGCCUUCUUUCGGAACGACGUCGCAUGCGAGAUUCUUCGGAUCCCUAUCUACAAGCAUGGUGAGGAUUUUGUUCGAUGGCCAUUCACAAGAUUCGGAGAAUACACGGUGCGAUCAGCCUACAAUUUGGCUCGGUCUGCACUCUUCCUGGAGUCUCAUAGUAACAAAGGAAUGGGUUUGAGUUACAAUUUUUCUUCCCAGGAAAUGGAUUGGAGAUUGUUAUGGUCUAUCAAAGCACCGGGCAAGAUGAAAGUCGUCUUAUGGCGCUUUGCGCAGGAUUGUUUACCAUCUGGGGAACAACUUAAACGCGCCGCCAGGGACGUGUGGGAUAUCGUCAAAGAGGAAUAUAAUUUCAGCCUGCACCGUGGCACUUUUCUGUCUCCAAGGCAAUGGAUUUUUGACUUCUUGGCAAGGUCGUCUGAUCAGGUGCAUACUGUCCUGGUUGUGACCCUCUGGCAUAUUUGGGAGGCUCGAAAUUUUACGAGAAACAAUCCGGAGGCUCCUCAUCCACGACGUACUGCUGAGAAGAUCAAGGCUUAUGUCGCCCUUAUCCUGCAGCAUCUUUUCCUUCCAGUAUCUGAACACAUGCGUGAAACCAAUGCGUCCAGCUCCAACUGGUCUCCGCCGCCGUCAGGUACCAUUACGUUCUACUCAGACGCUGCAACUUUCUCAAACCUGGAUAAGUCCGGCAUUGGGGUCGUCGACAGGGUUGACGGAGGUCAAUUCGUGGUGGCCUGUAGCGAGCCUAUUGCGGGUAGCUUGGAACCUGAAAUGGCUGAGGCCAUGGCUCUUCGACGUGUUGUUCUUUUGGCGCAUGAUGAACAAGUAUCAGAUGUUAUCUUCGCCGCUGACUGUCUCUCACUUGUGCAAAGGAUCAACUCGCCUAUGAGGGACCGUUCUUCAAUUGGAGUGGUGGUGGCUGAUAUCAAGUCUUUGUCUGAAGGUUUCUCUUCAGUGUCCUUCAAACAUGUUCGUCGGCAUUUAAAUGUUCCUGCUCAUGUGCUAGCUAAAUCUUGUAUGAACUCUUCUAGUCUUUGUGUGUUCCAUUCUGUUCCGGAUUGCAUCCGGCAAACUCUGUGUAAUGUUGUUCAUUGA